CAUGGCUGAGAAGUCUCUACCUGCAUUCUUACUAGCAUUGUUCCUGAUCUUGAACGUUGAUUCUGCUUUAGGAGUUUGCCAGCCCAGCGGCGUCUUGGUCGGCACGGCGGGCCACUGCAACACAGACAACAAUGCAGAGUGUUGCCAGGCUGGCAUUCGUUACAAACAGUACCGAUGCUCCCCUCCUAUCACUGGCCAGACGCAGGCCACCAUGACUAUCAAUAGCUUUGAGAAAGGUGGCGAUGGAGGUGGCCCAUCAGCGUGUGAUGACAGUUACCACAGCAACCAUGAAAGAGUUGUGGCCUUAUCCACUGGAUGGUACAAUGGUGGGUCCCGCUGUGGAAAUAACAUCAGGAUCUACGCCAAUGGUAGAUCUGUUCUGGCCAAGGUUGUCGACGAGUGCGAUUCGAUCAACGGAUGUGAUAAAGAUCAUGACUUCCAACCGCCGUGCCCUAACAACAUAGUGGAUGCUUCUCGUGCGGUGUGGGAUGAACUGAGGAUACCUGAAUCGCAGAUCGGCCAGAAAGUGAUCACAUGGUCGGAUGCAUGAACGGCCUAGAUUAUCUUAUCAUGCGAUCCCAGUAGCUACUUGCCCGGCACGCCCGGCAACUGCAACACUCAGAACAACGCCGAAUGUUGCAAGGCCGGCGAGAAUUACCCACAAUACCAAUGCUCUCCGCCCAUCACCGCCGACACACAAGCCACCAUGACUAUCAAUAGCUUCGCUGAAGGCGGUGAUGGGGGUGGCGCUUCGGAAUGUGAUAACAGCUACCAUAGCGAUGAUGAACAAGUCGUCGCAUUAUCUACCGGAUGGUAUAAUGGUGGGUCCCGUUGUCUAAAGAACAUCAAGAUCAAUGCCAACGGUAGAUCCGUGCUGGCUAAGGUUGUGGAUGAGUGCGAUUCUGUCAACGGUUGUGAUUCUGAGCAUGACUUCCAACCACCGUGCCGUAAUAAUAUAGUGGAUGCUUCUCGUGCAGUGUGGAAUGCACUGGAGAUUCCUGAAUCGCAGAUUGGUGAGUAUGAUAUCACAUGGUCCGAUGCAUGAACGGCUUUAGAUUAUCUUGUUUUAUAAUAUGAAUUGGGAACUACUUAUCUAAGAAUUACUAGAUGUUAAAUCUUCAUUUCUGGUGGUACACUUAUCAUGGUGGUCCACAUGGUCUAUCUUUUUGUAAUUUUAAUGAGAAUAAGUAUUAUAUUUUUGUUA